AUGGCCAACCCACCCCACGGAGGUGUCCUCAAGGACCUUCUCGCCCGCGAUGCUCCUCGCCAUGACCAGCUCGUCGCCGAGGCCGAGAAGCUGCCCGCUAUCACCCUGACGGAGCGCCAGCUCUGCGAUCUGGAGCUGAUCAUGAACGGAGGCUUCAGUCCUCUUGAGGGUUUCAUGACCGAGAAGGAUUACGAUGGAGUUGUCGAGAAGGAACGUCUUGCGGAUGGCAACGUCUUCUCCAUGCCCAUCACCCUGGAUGUUUCCAAGCAGGUGAUCAACGACGCUGGCUUGAAGCCCGGCGCUCGCGUUACCCUGCGCGACUUCCGUGACGACCGCAACCUGGCCAUCCUGACGGUCGAGGAUAUCUACCAGCCCGAUAAGGCCAAGGAAGCGAAGCUUGUCUUCGGCGGUGAUGAGGAGCAUCCCGCUAUCAAGUACCUGUACACCAAGGUCCAGGAGUACUACAUCGGAGGAAAGAUCGAUGCCGUCAACAAGCUGGACCACUACGACUAUGUCGGUCUGCGAUUCACUCCCGCAGAGCUGCGCACGCACUUCGACAAGCUCGGCUGGUCCCGAGUUGUCGCGUUCCAGACCCGUAACCCCAUGCACCGCGCUCACCGUGAGCUGACCGUCCGUGCUGCUCGUGCCCGCCAGGCCAACGUCCUGAUCCACCCCGUCGUCGGUCUGACGAAGCCCGGUGAUAUCGACCACUUCACCCGUGUCCGCGUCUACCAGGCGCUGCUCCCCCGCUACCCCAAUGGAAUGGCCGCGCUCGCCCUCCUGCCCCUGGCCAUGCGUAUGGGAGGUCCCCGUGAGGCCAUCUGGCACGCCAUUAUCCGGAAGAACCACGGUGCCACUCACUUCAUUGUUGGCCGUGACCACGCCGGUCCCGGUAAGAACUCCAAGGGUCAAGAGUUCUACGGCCCGUACGACGCCCAGCACGCGGUUGAGAAGUACCGCGACGAGCUGGGCAUUGAGGUCGUCGAGUUCCAGCAGGUCACCUACCUGCCCGACACCGACGAGUACAGACCCGUCGAUGAGGUCCCCAAGGGUGUCAAGACCCUCGAUAUCUCCGGUACUGAGCUGCGGAGACGCCUGCGUACCGGUGGCCACAUUCCCGAGUGGUUCUCCUACCCCGAGGUCGUCAAGGUCCUCCGCGAGUCCAACCCUCCCCGCGCCAACCAGGGUUUCACUGUCUUCCUGACCGGUUACCACUCCUCCGGCAAGGACGCCAUUGCCCGUGCCCUGCAGGUGACCCUCAACCAGCAGGGUGGCCGCUCCGUGUCUCUCCUGCUCGGUGACACCGUCCGCUCCGAGCUCUCCUCCGAGCUGGGCUUCUCCCGGGAGGACCGCCACAAGAACAUCCAGCGCAUUGCUUUCGUCGCCGCCGAGCUCACCAAGGCCGGUGCUGCCGUCAUUGCCGCUCCCAUUGCUCCCUACGAGCACUCGCGCCAGGCCGCCCGUGAGACCAUCUCUCAGGUCGGAUCUUUCUUCCUCGUUCACGUCGCUACUCCUCUCGAGUACUGCGAGCGCAACGACAAGCGCGGUGUCUACGCCAAGGCUCGUCGCGGCGAGAUCAAGGGCUUCACCGGUGUCGACGACCCCUAUGAGGCUCCUGCCAAGGCUGACCUCGUCGUGGACGUCGAGAAGCAGAGCGUCCGCAGCAUUGUCCACGAGAUCGUUUUGAUCCUGGAGGCGGAGGGCUUCCUGGACCCCAAGCCAUAA